AUAUGGUAAAAAUAGCUACGCUAAAUAACGAUAGGAGAAUAUAUGUGUAUUUUCUUUGGUAUGUCAUAGAAAAUGAUAAAUAUAUAUAAUAAAGAUAAAAUUCAUAAAAUAAACUGUAUCAUCAAAAACGAAAUGAUUGACAUAAAUGAAAUCAACAUAAAUAAGUCCUUCGUUAACUGAUGCUUAUAACAUUUUAUUUAUGUGGCUUUACCAUCUAUCUUAAAAUUCAUAGAUCAUUUAUAUUUAUUCGAUGUUAUCGUUAUUACAAUCAGCUGUAGUCUGUAUAUACUUCAGUAAAAACAUGUUAUUUUUAACUGUGCCAUUUAAUUGUGUAUUUUAACAGUUGUUUAAUUAAAACUUUCCUUUAAUUUAAAGGCUAAAUAUUAAAACAAUCAUGUCAUCUCAUUAUGCACCUAAUCAUAAUCGUGAUCAAAAUGACUAUGUUUCUAACAAAAAAAGACAUAAUAAAAGAGACGAUAAUAUUACUGAAAGUAAAAAACAUAAAUCUUUAAGUUCACAUAGUUCGUUUAGUCAUUCAACUUCGCAAAGGAAUAAAGAUGAUGAAGAAUAUAAACAAAUGGAUUUAACAAAUCAUGGCACUGAACAAUCGUAUGAAUAUAAGUCACAAUAUGAUAUUAAAAACUUUUCUUUUAGUAAACAUACAAACGAAUUAAAUAAAGUAUUUACAGCCAAUACAAACUUGAUUCCUGAUACAAAUGACUUUUGGAAAUUUGUUCAUAAAUAUGAAAUGAUAGAAAAAAGAAUGAAUAAUACAAAUGAAAUAGAAAGAGUCUCUGAUUUGAAUUCGCUUGGAGUACCAAAAAUAUAUCAUAAAACACAUUGUAUAAAUUUCAAAUUAAAUUUAAGUUUUGGAGAGUUAUUUGCCAGAGUUCCUGAAACUAAAGCAUUAACAAAAGGGCUAUUAUUGAAAUUCAAAUAUAUAAUUAGUUUAUAUUUAGAUUUUAAACAAAAAGAAAAAUUUACUAAAUUAAAAAAACUUAGAGAAACACAAGCAAAUCUACCUGUUGCUCAAUAUAAAAAUGAAAUUAUUGAAACAAUUAAGCAAGAAAGAGUAGUUAUUAUAGCUGGUGACACUGGUUGUGGAAAGUCAACUCAAGUGCCCCAAUAUUUAUAUUCUGCUGGUUUUAAUAAAAUUGUUUGUACACAACCAAGAAGAAUAGCAUGCAUAUCUUUAGCAAAGCGUGUAGCUUUUGAAACAUUAACUGAAAACUAUAAUGAAGUUGGUUAUCAAAUUCGCUUUGAAAAACAAAAAACUCAAGAAACAAAAAUUACUUUUAUUACAGAGGGUUUACUGUUAAGACAAGUAUCAGGUGAAUCAGGAUUAUUACCCUAUGAUGUUGUAGUAUUGGAUGAAGUACAUGAACGUAAUUUACAUGGUGACUUCCUAUUAGGUGUUAUGAAAUGUAUUAUACAUCAAGAAUCUAAUAUAAAGUUAAUACUGAUGUCUGCUACGAUCAAUAUACAGUUGUUCAGUAAUUACUUUGCAAAAGAGAAUGCAAAAGUGAUACAGGUUCCUGGAAGAUUAUAUCCAAUUCAAUUAUUAUUCCGACCUAUUACUAUAGAAGAUAUGAGAUAUAAAAACAAUAGAUUUAAUCCCAGUCCAUAUGUACAAAUAAUGCAAAUGAUUGAUCACAAAUAUCCAGCUGAUGAAAAAGGUGAUUUAUUAAUAUUUCUAAGCGGAAUGAAAGAAAUUACUGCAGUUGUAGAUGCUGCCAAGGAAUAUAGUACAAAAAAAAAUAAUUGGAUUGUUUUACCAUUACAUAGCUCACUCUCUCUUGCUGACCAAGAUAAAGUAUUUGAUUAUGCUCCAGAUGAAGUCAGAAAAUGUAUUGUAUCUACAAAUAUUGCUGAAACCUCUAUUACCAUAGAUGGAAUUAGAUUUGUAGUAGAUAGCGGUAAAGUGAAAGAAAUGAGUUAUGAUCCUUUAUGUAAAAUGGAGCGCCUUAAAGAAUUCUGGAUCAGUAAAGCUAGUGCAGAACAAAGGAAAGGUCGUGCUGGUAGAACUGGACCUGGUGUAUGUUAUAGGCUUUAUUCUGAAGAGGAAUAUACAGCUCUUGAAGAAUAUUCGACUCCUGAAAUACAACGUGUACCUUUAGAUUCUUUAUUAUUACAAAUGAUUGCUAUGGGAUUACCAGAUGCAAGAAAGUUUCCAUUUAUAGAACCUCCACCAUCACAAAGCAUAGAAAAUUCAAUAUUAUCAUUAAAGGAGCAUAGAGCGUUAACAAAUGAUGAAAAAUUAACAUCUAUUGGAGUAACAUUAGCACGUCUCCCAGUUGAUAUAAGAAUAGGAAAAAUGUUAAUAAUGGGUUCUAUUUUCCAUCAAGUUGAACCAGUAUUAUCACUUGCUGCUGCUUUAAGCAUACAAACUCCUUUCACGAACAGAGCUUAUAAAGACAUAGAAUGUGAGACAUCUAGGAAAAAGUUAGAAUCUGACCAUGGUGAUCCUAUAACAUUAUUAAAUGCAUUUAGAGAAUGGUUGGAAGUGAAACAACAAAGUAUACACGAAUCUAGAGGAAGCGGAAGUAACAGCAGAAAAUGGUGUAGAAGAAGAGGCUUAGAGGAACAAAGAUUUUAUGAAAUGAUAAAAUUACGUACACAAUUUAAAGAAUUACUUCAAGACUGUGGCCUAUUAAAAGGUAUAGUUGAACCAAAUUCUUCUAUGACUAGUGCCGAGCGAGCAAUACGACAUGGUGAAUUAAAACUUCUAAAAUCACUUAAACAAACCUAUAAAAAAAGUGCACCCAGAAAACGUAAACAAUUGAAAAUAGACACAUUUGAUAUACAAUUAGAAGAUAAUGAUAAUAAUGAUGAUGAAAUAGACAUAAAAGAUGUUGAAUUUCGAAUGAAAAAUGACGCAACUCAAGUUCAAAAUCUUUUAACAGCAGCUACUGCAUGUAGUUAUAAAGAUCUAACAAUGUUAAAAUUAAUACUUUGUAGUGGUUUAUAUCCACAAUUUGCAUGUGCUGAUGAAUUUAAUUAUUGCAAGUCUACAAGUGAGCAGCUGUUUCACACAAAAACCAAGCCAUAUGUUGCAUUACAUCCAAUGAGUUUCUUUGGUAAUUAUCCACAAGUUCUGCAACUGGAGGAACAUGAUAUAACAUCAAUACCAGGUUUUAAAAGCAAAACUCCUGUUAGUUCUAAACAUCAAUUAUUAACAUAUUUAUCUCUACUAGAAACUACAAAACCUUAUUUAGUAAACACACUUAAAAUGCCUGCUGCACAAACAUUAUUAUUGUUUGCACAAGAAAUUGAUACUAACGCUACGUUUUCAAUGAUAGUAUGCGAUGCAUGGCUACUAUUAGAAUUUCCUGUACCUGAUACUGGUCAGACACUAUUGAUGAAAUCUACUAAGUUACGUCACAAAUGGGAAUUUCUUUUAAAUGAAAGACUAAAAGAUUCAGGAACUACAAAUAAUAUAUUUAAUAUUAGCAAGAUAGAACAUGAACUUACUCAAGAAUUAAUUGACUAUAUGCAUACGACAGUUCCAUAUGUAAUAAAGCGACUUUUACCUGCUGAUUUAAAAGCAAUAUAUGUUGGCAAUGGCAAUAAUUUUGUACAUAUUGAUCCUAAUCCUUUUAAAGUUGAUUUUAAACCUAUAUGUAAUUCAAUGAAAGGAGGAAUAUAUUUAACUGAUAAUAUUACAUAUAACUGUAUGAAAGAAACGGAUUGGAGUGACAAAAUAGCUGUUGAUAUGUGUGAAACUACCUGGACUUGUCAGCAAUGCAACGUAGAAGGUAUUUUUAACAGUAUUGAAAAACUCCAACAUCAAAGUACUUGUAUGCAGUCAUCAGUAAAAGAAACUACUGAUAAUGUUGAAAAUAUAAAGUCAAAACCUAACAGUCAGGCUUACAAUUGUCCUGAAUGUUCAAAAACUUUUCAUCUUACACCUAUUGAAAUAUUGAAACAUAAAAGGCAACAUAUAAAGACAAAUAUGUCGUGAACAAUUUAAUAUGUUAUUAUUUAAU